CUGUCUCAAAAAAUAAAAAUAAAAAUAAAAAAUAAAAGAGAGGCACAAACAGAAUGUUAUGAAUGCACCAAGGAAAAUGGUGCAUUCAUAACUCUCAGGUGAAGCCUUCCAAGCCAUGCGUGUGUGCACAUGUGUAUGUGUGUACUUGUGCAUGUGCAUGCGUGUGCGUGCGUGCAUGUGCCUGUGUAUGUGUGUGCGUGUGCGUGUGCACAUGUGUGUGUUCGUGCACGUUCGCACAUGCAUGUGUACUGCGGCAAGGGAGACUUUGAGGAAGAGAUUCCAGUGGUCGAGCAGAAGGACUCACAUUGCCCUGGGGAAAGGUUGGAAGGCUUCACCUGAGAGUGUGUCGUGGUCUUUAUCAUACCCACUGCUUGAUUCCUUUCUUUAAAAAUUAUUUUUAUUGUUUUCUACAUAUGAGCACCACCACACCUGGCUAAUUUUUGUAUUUCUAGUAGAGAUGGGGUUUCACCAUGUUGUCCCCGAUGGUCUCAAACUCCUGGGCACAAGAGAUCCACCUGCCUCCACCUCCUAAAAUGCUGGGACUAUAGGCAUGAGCCACUGCACCCGGCCACUGCUUUAUUCCUGGUGGCUGCUGUGCCUGGCAUGUUGCAAAUCCUCCCUGAAUAUGCAUUUGAAUGAAUGAAUGAAUGAAUGAAUGAAUGAGAUGACGCCUCAGAGAUUCUUUCUUUUGAGAUGAGGUCUCAUUCUGUCACCCAGACUAGAGUGCAGUGGUGCAAUCAUAGCUCACCGCAGCCUCAACCUCCUGGGCCUCCCAAGUAGCUGGGAUCACAGGUGUGCACCAACAUGCCCAGCUAAUUUUUUCUUUUUUAUUUUUAAUUUGUAGAGACAGGGUCUUGCUGUGUUGGCCAGGCUGGUCUUGAACUCCUGGGCUCAAGUAGUCCUCCCACCUAAGCUUCCCCAGAUAUUGGGAUUAUAGGUGUGAGCCACUAUGCCCAGGCUUGCCUCAGAUAUUUGAAGGCUGGGAAGGAUUUUGCAAAGCUGGGAAAAGGAAAAGGCAUUCCCAGCAGAGGGGAUAGCAGGUGGAAAUGCAUAAUUUAAAAAAAAAGUGGAGUAGAUCCAGCACAGUGGCUCAUGCCUGUAAUCCCGGCACUUUGGGAGGCAGAGCAGGGAGGAUUGCUUGAGGCUAGGAGUUCAAGACCAGCCUGGGUAACAUACCAAGACCCUGUCUCUACAAAAACAUAAAAAAUUAGCCAGGCGUGGUGGUGUGUGCCUGUAGUACCAGCUGCUUGGGAAGCUGAGGCAGGAGGACUGCUUGAAGCCAGGAGUUUGAGACCAGCCUGGGCAACAUAGUGAGACCCCGUCUCUACAAAAAGUAAACAUUUAUGUAUAUAUUUUAAAGUGGAGCAGUUCAAUGCAGAGUCUUUUUUGAACAAAUGUGAAAUAGGUGUCUUUUUUUUUUUUUUUUUUUUUUGAGAUGGAGUUUUCACUCGUUACCCAGGCUGGAGUGCAAUGGCAUGAUCUUGGCUCACCGGAACUUCUGCCUCCUGAGUUCAAACGAUUCUCCUGCCUCAGCCUCCCAAGUAGCUGGGAUUACAGGCAUGCACCACCAAGCCUGGAUAAUUUUGUAUUUUUAGUAGAGACGGGGUUUCACCAUGUUGGUCAAGCUGGUCUUGAACUCCCGACCUCUGCUGAUCCGUAUGCCUCGGCCUCCCAAAGUGCUGGGAUUACAUGCGUGAGCCACUGUGCCCGACAAUAGAUGUCUUUUAAUUCUCUGGAGGAAAAAGCAAAGCAAAAGAAGCAGUGGAUAUUUUAAGACUAAAAAGGAAAACAAAAAAGGGAGAUAGAGCAGGCCAGGUGUGGUAAUCCCAGCACUUUGGGAGGCUGAGGCAGGUGGAUCACCUGACGUCAGGAGUUCAAGACAAGCCUGACCAACAUGGUGAAACCCCAUCUCAAAAUACAAAAAAUUAGCUGGGCGUGGUGGCGGGCACCUGUAAUCCCAGCUACUUGGGAGGUUGAGGCAGGAGAAUCGCUUGAAUCCGGGAGGUGGAGGUGGCAGUGAGCCGAGAUCGCGCCAUUGCACUCCAGCCUGGGCGACAAGUAAAAAACUCCAUCUCAAAAAAAAAAAAAAAAGCAGAUAGAGCAAGGAACAAUAAGAAAAUAGUUGGGUGCAGUGGCUAUGCGGUGGCACUAUAGGAGGCUGAGGUGGGCAGAUCACCUGAGGUCAGGAGUUGGAGACCAGCCUGGGCAACAUAGUGAGACCCCUAUCUCUACAAAAAAUAUGAAAUACGAAAAAUUAGCCAGGUGUGGUGGUAUGCACCUGUGGUACCAGCUACUCAAGAGGCUGAAGCAGGGAGAAUUGCUUGAGCCCAGGAGUUUGAGGCUAUAGUGAGCUGUGAUCAUGCCACUGCACUCCAGCCUGGGCAACAGAGUGAGACUCUGUCUCAAAAGAAAGAAAAUGGCCAGACGUGGUGGCUCACACCUGUAAUCCCAGCACUUUGGGAGGCCAAGGCGGGCAGAUCAUGAGGCCAGCUUGAAACCAGCCUGGCCAACAUGGUGAAAACUGUCUCUACUAACAAUACAAAAAUUAGCCAGGUGUGGUGGCAUGCACCUGUAAUCCCAGCUACUUGGGGUCUGAGGCAGGAGAAUUGCUUGAAACCAGGAGGCGGCGGUUGCAGUGAGCCGAGAUUGUGUCAUUGCACUCUAGCCUGGGCGACACAGCAAGACUCUGUCUUGGAAAAAAAAAAAUUUUUUUAAAUAUGGUAUAAGAUUAUAUUAGUUAUGAAAAUAAUUGUAAAUGGCUUAUUGAACUUACAGUCACUAAAAAUCAUGUUUUUGAAAAUUAUGUAAUGACUUAGGAAAAUACCAGCAAUAUAAUGCUAAGUGGGGAAAAAUGCAAGUUACUCCUCUGUAAAUACAUAUGAUUCUAGUUUUGUAGUAAAAAUUCCCAACCAUAUAUGUACUUACAGGGAAACAAAGGACCCAUCGCAAAUGUUUACCAUGCUUGUCUCGAAAGUGAAGCUGGGCUCUAAGCUGUCUGUGCCCUUAAAGUUCCUUGGAAAGAGGGAAGGGAAGGGAAGUGGAUAUUAGAGACAGGGUCUCUCUCUCACCCAGGCUGGACUGCAGUGGCAUGCUCACGGCUCACUGCAGCUUUGAACUCCCGGGCUCAAGUGAUCCUCCCAUCUCAGCCUACAGGGGCCUGCUGAGGAAUCUGCAGGCCUGGCAGAGGACAGGAGGGAGGCCUGGGGAGCCUGGGAAGGGCUGGCUGACAGCUCGAUGGGCCCUCCCUCCCUCCACGGUCCCACCCCCAGCCUGGGGCCUCUGGGAGCCUUGGUCCUGAGCAACCAACACACCAGCCCAGACAGCUGCAAGUCACCAUGGACGCUGAAGGCCUGGCGCUGCUGCUGCCGCCCGUCACCCUGGCAGCCCUGGUGGACAGCUGGCUCCGAGAGGACUGCCCAGGGCUCAACUACGCAGCCUUGGUCAGCGGGGCAGGCCCCUCACAGGCGGUGCUGUGGGCCAAAUCCCCUGGGGUACUGGCAGGGCAGCCUUUCUUCGAUGCCAUAUUUACCCAACUCAACUGCCAAGUCUCCUGGUUCCUCCCCGAGGGAUCGAAGCUGGUGCCGGUGGCCAGAGUGGCCGAGGUCCGGGGCCCUGCCCACCACCUGCUGCUGGGGGAACGGGUGGCCCUCAACAUGCUGGCCCGCUGCAGUGGCAUUGCCAGUGCUGCCGCCGCUGCAGUGGAGGCCGCCAGGGGGGCCGGCUGGACUGGGCACGUGGCCGGCACGAGGAAGACCACGCCAGGCUUCCGGCUGGUGGAGAAGUACGGGCUCCUGGUGGGCGGGGCCGCCUCACACCGCUACGACCUGGGAGGGCUGGUGAUGGUGAAGGAUAACCAUGUGGUGGCCGCCGGUGGCGUGGAGAAGGCGGUGCGGGCGGCCCGGCAGGCGGCCGACUUCGCUCUGAAGGUGGAAGUGGAAUGCAGCAGUCUGCAGGAGGCCGUGCAGGCGGCUGAGGCGGGUGCCGACCUUGUCCUGCUGGACAACUUCAAGCCGGAGGAGCUGCACCCCACGGCCACUGUGCUGAAGGCCCAGUUCCCGAGUGUGGCUGUGGAAGCCAGUGGGGGCAUCACCCUGGACAACCUCCCCCAGUUCUGCGGGCCGCACAUAGACGUCAUCUCUAUGGGGAUGCUGACCCAGGCGGCCCCAGCCCUUGAUUUCUCCCUCAAGCUGUUUGCCAAAGAGGCGGCUCCAGUGCCCAAAAUCCACUGGUCCUAAGCCGGAAGAGGAUGACACCAGCCAUGGGUUAACGUGGCUCCUCAGGACCCUCCGGGUCACACAUCUUUAGGCCCAAUGGGGCACACUUGGCACUAGCUUGAGCCCAACUCUGGCUCUGCCACCUGCCGCUCCUGUGACCUGUCAGGGCUGACUUCACCUCUGCUCAUCUCAGUUUCCUAAUCUGUAAAAUGGGUCUAAUAAAGGAUCAACCACA